AUGUUUGUUCUAUUUAUAGUUUUCAUUUUAUCUUAUGGUCACGUAUAUCCCCUAGCUGCCCACAAGCCACAAGCAGACACAUUCAUAGAUUCGUUGGCGCACAAACUGAAACUCGAACAGUGGGAGAAAGAUGAAGCGCCGUGUUUGGAAAAAAUAUUAAAUAUUUUUGAAAAUGUCAAGAAUCACACUUUAUGGGCGACUUGGAUAUUGAACGCAAACGCCCUUCCAACUGGCAAUCUAUACGGUUCCUACGUUCAUUAUGCAAGCUUCGACCAAUGUAUGAAGCCACCAUGGUUGCUCACCCAUCCAGAACUAAAGACCAAGUACUGCAUGACCCAAGUCCAGCUCUCUGAUAUCAGUAAUAUGAAAAAACUACCAGAUUAUGAUCCUUUUGGACCUACUAAGGAAUUUAUUAAUUCACCAACAGCAUCAGGCAUGCCUGUGAAUUACAUCUUUUGGGGUGUAUGUAUACCAGCGUCCUGCUCAUCAUCAGCAGUCUCCAAGUUGAGCAGGGUGGUGUAUGAGGCUGCCACCGUCAGCAGCAUAGCGUCUGACGUCACGGUGAAACACUGCCAGGAGGCUGGGGAGAGCCUGCCAUAUUCCACUGGGUUUUAUAUUUUUAUAGCAAUGACUCUCUCAUUGGCUGUAAUAGCAGUGGCUUCUACUUACUAUAGGAUGCAUGUAUCGUCUGAAGAUCAAUCCUCGAAAAGUUUUAUAACAAUCAUAACAAAAUCUUUCUGCAUGAACAAGAAUCGAGAAGACUUAAUAAAAGACAAUAAGGAUGAGAUUCACGUGAUGAAUGGUAUUAAGUUCCUGAAUGCAGUCACUGUUAUAUCUGUGCAUGUGCUGUUCUACAUGGCACUAUCUGGUAUAAGUAAUUCGAGAGAUUACGACUUGGCCAUUGAAGGCAUGGGCGGCUUGUUCCUUCACAUUGAUAUCAUCGUGGAUACUUUCUUCGCUAUAUCUGGUCUACUACACAUCAAAGGUCUACUGGGAAGACGACAGAAUCUACUGAGUGUACUCUUAAAACGUUACAUCAGGUUAAUAGGACCGUUCGCAGUAAUCGUUUUCUACUUAAUAUCCGUGUCUAAACACACUGGUGAUGGCCCCGGUUGGUAUCUGGGCGUCGAAGAGGAGACAAAUGUUUGCGAAAAAACUUGGCAUAAGAGCUUGCUCAUGAUAAAUACGGAUAUAAAAGAAAUCUGUCAUGCAGUGACCUGGUACGUACCCUGCGACUACCAGCUGGCUAUCCUAGGCACUGUUCUCAUCUUCUUCUAUCAGAAGAACAGAAGAUUUGGCUUUGGGGUUUAUGCAGCUGCUGCAGUCUUCUCCAUUAUCAUUCCUGGAGUGUUGACCUACUGGUUCCGAUUGCCUGCUGUGCACUUUAUGGAUAUUGGUAAGAUUAUCCGGGAAAUCCGUGAUGCAUGGGAGGUUACUUAUACUUACACCAGUCCCUUUAGCCGCGCCAGUGCGUACCUCGUGGGCGUCGCCAUGGGAUACUUCAUGGCCAUCUACAAACCAGCUGAUUACAGGAAAUCUGUUUCUAUGACCUGGUCAGUAUUUGGUACAGCUCUAAGUCUGGGAGCGAUGCUAGCCAUGUUGUCUAUCGGAUAUAUCACUAAAUACAGAGAGUAUAAUCCAUUGGAAGCUGCCUUCCUCGCAGGCACAAACAGACUCGUUUGGGCUGCAGCCAUUUGCUGCAUUAUAGGGAUGUGUGAAUAUGGAACUGUUCCUAUAGUCUCCCAUAUCCUGGGCUGGUCAGUGUUCACGCCUCUCAGUCGACUGUCCUACGGUAUUUAUAUGAUCCAUCCCAUUAUCGUACAGAGGCACAAGUUUGCACAACGAGUGCCACACAAAUUUGACCUUUACGGCGUGGUCUUAGACACUACAUCGACGUUAGUGAUAUCAAUAGGACUAAGUUACGCAAUGUGGCUGUUUGUGGAGGCGCCACUGAUCAACAUCACCAACCAACUCUUCUUCAAUAACUCAAAGAACCCUCAACCAGACAAGAGCCGUGGUGAAAAUGGAAUCCAGCAUCAGAAUGGAGUCACUAAAACCAAAGUUUCUUAA